GUGCAAAUGCUUAUAACGUGCACUGCUAGACAGAUGAGAUAAGAGCUGCUGUCAGUAGGUCUCUCAUCCCGGGAAGAAGGCAAAACCAAGUCACGGACAGAUCCAAGCCAUCUGGCGCACACACAACUUGUUCAUUUUUUGACGCACAGACGCGCACUGACUGCAGCCCAGGACCUGACAGCUUAUCUAGUCCACACCACUAAGCAAACUAUCGCCGAACAUGGAGCGCAAAAUCCCAGAUUUCUCCGGCACUUGGGAGAUGAAGAGCUCUGAAAAUUUUGAGGAACUCUUGAAAGUGUUAGGUGUGAACGUGAUGCUACGCAAGAUUGCAGUGAAGGCAGCCUCCAAGCCCCUGGUGGAGAUUACUCAGGAUGGAGAAACGCUCUCUAUUAAAACAUCGACCACAGUCCGAACCACCCACAUCACCUUCACUGUUGGGCAGGAGUUCAAUGAGUCCACUGUGGAUGGACGUCCCUGCACGAGUUUUCCACGUUGGGAAACAGACAGCAAGAUCAGCUGUGAGCAGACUCUGCAGAAAGGAGAGGGGCCUAAGACAUCUUGGACCCGAGAGAUCACCAGUGACAGCAAGUUGAUCUUGGUAAAACACACAAACUAUCACCUGAGCAAGAGUUUAGAUUUGGAGGCUAACAAGUGCAAAGCUUUACCAUAG